AUGGCGCUGGUGGCGUCCAGCGACAGCACCGGCCUCAAUCCGAUGUCGUUCAACGACCAACAAAGCAACUUGAGUGCGUUCUUUAUUUGUUUUAUUUUUUUCAUCAAAUUACAGUGGCUAAUAAAUUUUUUCCAUUUAGUGAUGGAACGUCUUCGUUAUCAAAGAGAAACUGGGCGGUUUUGUGAUGUCGCAGUCAUUGUGAAGGAUCGCCAGUUCCCGGCGCAUCGCAACAUUUUGGCGUCUUGCAGUCCUUAUUUCGACUCGAUCUUCAAAGCUGCGAAGAUAACUAAAGAGCAGGUUUUUGACACGGAAAAGAGGCAGACCAAAUUUCCAUUUAGGUAACCGUGAACUGUUCGAGUCCCGAAGCUUUCGACGCUCUUCUCAAUUACAUGUACAGCGGAGCAGUCGUUAUCGACCGCGCCACUGUUUCUGAACUCCUUCGUUUGGCGAACAACUUUCUGGUGAAUUCUUUCUCAUUGAUGCUUUUUUGAAGGCGGAAAGUUCAGGUAACAAGAUUGAAGAGCUAUUGUUCCGAAUACCUGGACAGGUAUUUGGACGCCGCCAACUGCCUUUCGGUCCGGCUUCUUGCGUCUAAAUACAACCUGCCAAAUCUUCUGAAGGUUUGGCAUUGAGAGAAGUUGAGAUUAACCUUGUCUGCAGUCGGCCAGCGACUACUUUGAAGUCAACAUCAACCGAUGUCUUCUCGAGUCCAUAGACAUUCUUCAGUACUCUCCGCAACAGUUGCUCGAAAUCAUCAGCGACCCAAAGUACUGUGACGUCAUCACGCCAGAUACACAUCUCAAGUGAGCUUUUCCCUCUGCGUUUUGCUGAUUCUUCAUCCAAAAACUGGUAAAAAAACAAUAAAACUCUUCUUUUUUUAAGGCUGAUAUCUCGAUGGGCGGGCGAAGACGUGCACAGACGGGAGAUGGCGUUCCGUCAGUUGUUGGAAGGUUGCCAAGUGGCUGACGUCAAUGAAGACACGCUUGAUUUUCUUCUCGACUAUUCUCCGCUUUUCUCCAAAAGCCAGUCUAGCCGAUUUCUUCUUUUAAGCACUAUGUUCGUGUUUUUUUUUUCAAUAAGUAUCACGUAUGAUCAUAAUUAGAAGAGAUUAAAGAAAAAAAAUUUUUUUUUUAAGUUUGCAAACCAAAAGGAUCCGUAUAAUCGUUGAGUAACUGAUAUUGACCUGUUUUCUGUUCCGGACCAAGGAUAAAUUAUUUUAUGAGAAUAAAAUAUUGUUUAAAAACGUAACCGAAAUCGGUCUUCAUCAUAGCUUGGUUCAGGAGCGACUUGGGGCUUCUGAAGGAAAAGUACGAAGCUCAGUGCGCCAACUUGAGACAACAAAUCGGGCAACUUCCGCCGAUCGAAUCCUCCGCUUUUUACGACGACGAAUUAUCUAGGCACGUAUUUUUCUGUACAAGAGACCGUUAAACCUCGUGACUGGUGAAAGGAAGAUAUCAGAACUGAUGAAUUUUAAGCGAGGGGAUGGAGGACGAGGACUUCGAGGAGCCGCCGGUCGAAGGCCAUCAGACAACUUCUCAAGUGGUUUGUGUCAACUCGUUUUUCGUAUUCACGGUGGUUCUUUUUUAGCUGGAGUCAGGCACCUUGGAAAACGGCGAACGACCCAAGAUCAAGCUGCGGAUAAACCUCGCAGCAGCCGCUGCAGGUGGAGUGGAUCUCAAAAAAAGGUUUUGCUGCUCCAGUUAUUUCCAGAAACAGUAUUCUUUCAGGUUUAAACCGUCUAAACUUCUUUUGACCGGACAUAAAAGGAGAGGUCGGCCACCAACAAGGACACACGAAAACGAAAGUGGGCUUUUUUCUAACCAUAGUUUCAAGCGAACAUUCCAUUACUUGUUAAUUAACAUUAGACAUGAGGCUCAAUAUUCGAAUUUGCACUGUUAAUUUAAAAGCGUUAUUGCUAUUUUAACGGUUUUAUACCAAAAUAGUUCGUCUGGAAACUUUCACCGAAGUGAAAAAGAAAAAUCUGUUCUCACCAAGUUCCCUUUGCCCCCAACUAUCGUCGUUAUUUUCCUCAUUCAAAUAAUAAAAUUUAGUUUCACUUUGCUUUCAAACUUAACACACGUUCUCUGAGAAAAUCGAUGACUUUUUCAGUAAUAAAAAAAGCAAAACAAAAUAAAAAUUUAUCUUUGAUUUGCCUCAAAAUGUGGUCACGGCUCACACACGUUCUUCUGAUUAUUUAGCACCAGGUUCCAGGUGGCUCCGCCCCUUUUAAAAGAUACUGUAGACAGUAAGCUGAAAAAAAUUAAUUUUUUUCCUGUUGAGAAUUUUCAUUCAAAAACGUUUGGAAAUGUCAGAAAACACUAUUUUGAGUAUUUUUUCAGUUGCAACUUUUUUUCUAACUCGUCUUCUUCGAGGAGAAAAAAAAUCGAAAUUUCCUUAAAAACAGCGAUUUUUUCAGUUUUUGAGCCAUAACUAGAGUAAGAACCCCCCUAUGGUACGACUUUUAUUUCUGAUUAUGAAACUAGGGGUCUUCUUCUUCAAGAAAAAGUAGUUCUACAACAAAUCCCUGGGGUGGGAUAGUUGACCUCCAUUCGACCGAAGGUGAUCAACUCGAUUCGGCUCAAAAUUCAAAAAAUCAUUUUUCUCCUAAUUUGACGGCUUCUUUCUCUUUUUUGUUUUGAAACAAAAGAUAACACUCACGUUCAUGUUCUCCACCAUUUUGGUGCUCAAAGAAAAUUUUAUUCCGAAUUUCUCGAGACUUUUCGAGUUUUCGGAUUUUCGUCGAUUUUCGAUUUUUUCCGUUUUCAGGUAGUUUUUUCUGUAGGAAACCCCGAAUGUGGUCAUUAUCUUUUGGUAGAUGGAAGAGUAGGUCUUUCUUGAUAAGGAAAAAUUAGUCCGGUAGAAAUCUCUGGGGUGGCCCAGUUGACCUCCGACCGCCUGAAGGUGACGACCCCCAAAAAUGGGAUUUUCAUAAAGGCUCGGAAAACAACUUUUUUCGUUUCCAUUCUAACAAAAAAUUUUUUCAGUGAGACCUACAUCACUUUUCAACAUGAAUCGGAGUCUUUUCGGCAAGAAAUAUGUAGUUUUAUUCAAAUUUGAGGCUUGGCACGCUUAUAUUCGUUUUCACCGUUCUUACCUGCACUAAGUUGCUGAAGUAACCUGGAAAACCGUUUAUAAUGAUUUUUGGGAAACCCAGCAAAUGUUUGAACUUUUUUGAGCACCUAAAUGAAAUCGGGGUUAAGAAAAUUAAGAAAUGGCGAAAAAAGCUUUUUUAUCAACUUUUUCGAGAAAUAAAAACACCUUAUGACAUUCAAUAAUGUCGAUGAUUCUCAAAAAUUAUUUUUUCGCCAAAAUACAGUAACUGACAGUUUUAUACUUUUUCAAUCGACUCUAUCCAUACACUUUUUCCCUGAAAUUGAGGUUUCUGAAGCUUUUAGAAGUUCUUGUAAUACAAUUCUGGCUUUUUUUGUGUUGCAACGUUUAUACAGACACUGUUUCAUGUUUUUCCUUCAUUUACAGAACAACUCAAGUGAAAAAAGGUUUUGAAAAAAUGCAUUUUUUGACCUGAGAAGCGUUUUAAUGCAUCCUCCAGAUUAUAGUCAGGUUUAUUAAGUCUCUCUUUUUUCUUUCUAGUAAGUUUCAUCAAUAGUUGUUUUUUAAAGAGUAAUUGACAUUAUUGAUUGUCAUAAGGUGUUUUUAUUUUUCGAAAAAGUUGAUUAAACAGCUUUUUUCGCCAUUUCUUAACCCCGAUUUUAUUUGCUUAGGUGUUCAAAAAAAUUCAAAGAUUUGCUGGGUUUCCCUAAAAUAUUUUUAAACGGGUUUCCAGGUUACUUCAGCAAUUUAGAGCAGGUAAGAGCGGUGAAAACGAAGAUAAGCGUGCCAAGCCUCAAAUUUGAAUAAAACUACAUAUUUCUUGCCGAAAAGACUCCGAUUCAUGUUGAAAAGUGAUGUAGGUCUCACUGAAAACAUUUUUUGUUAGAAUGGAAACGAAAAAAGUUGUUUUCCGAGCCUUUAUGAAAAUUCCAUUUUUGGGGUCGUCACCUUCAGGCGGUCGGAGGUCAACUGGGCCACCCCAGAGAUUUCUACCGGACUAAUUUUUCCUUAUCCAGAAAGACCUACUCGUCCAUAUACCAAAAGAUAAUGACCACAUUCGGGGGUUCCUACAGAAAAAAACUACCUGGAAACGGAAAAAAUCGAAAAUCGACGAAAGUCCGAAAACUCGUCUCGAGAGUCUCGAGAAAUUCGGAAUAAAAUUUUCUUUGAGAACCAAAAUGGUGGAGAACAUGAACGUGAGUGUUAUCUUUUGUUUCAAAACAAAAAAGAGAAAGAAGCCGUCAAAUUAGGAGAAAAAUGAUUUUUGGAAUUUUGAGCCGAAUCGAGUUGAUCACCUUCGGUCGAAUGGAGGUCAACUAUCCCACCCCAGGGAUUUGUUGUAGAACUACUUUUUCUUGAAGAAGAAGACCCCUAGUUUCAUAAUCAGAAAUAAAAGUCGUACCAUAGGGGGGUUCUUACUCUAGUUAUGGCUCAAAAACUGAAAAAAUCGCUGUUUUUGAGGAAAUUUCGAUUUUUUUCUCCUCGAAGAAGUCGAGUUAGAAAAAAAGUUGCAACUAAAAAAAUACUCAAAAUGUGUUUUUCUGACAUUUCCAAAACGUUUUUUUGAAUGAAAAUUCUCAACAGGAAAAAAAAUUAAUUUUUUUCAGCUUACUGUCUACAGUAUCUUUUAAAAGGGGCGGAGCCACCUGGAACCUGGUGCUAAAUAAUCAGAAGCACGCGUGUGAACCGUGAUCACAUUUUGAGGCAAAUCAAAAAAAAAUUUUAUUUUGUUUUGCUUUUUAUUACUGAAAAGUCAUCGAUUUUCUCAGAGAACGUGUGUUAAAUGUUUCUGUUUUGAGUGAUUCCAAUGCUGGACGACGACGACAUCGACGGCGUCUACGCGACGUCUUCUCUCGUCUCGGCGCUAACCUACGGAAUCGAAGACCAGUUGGAUCCUGACGACGUCGCUGUCGGGGUUUGCUUCAUUUUUUGAGAUUUUCUUCAUGGGCACUUCCAGGUUGACGAUGCUGACGACAACAUCGAAGAAAAUGGCGCUUUCCCCUGUACAUAUUGUAAAUUUUCUUCGAAUAGUGAAGAGGUUGCUUUUUCGCACGUUUCCUCACCUUUCUCGUUUUUUUAGACAGUUGAGAAACACCGAGCGCGGCAACACAACCGAAACACGUACUUCGUUUGUCAGUUGUGUGAGUACGAGAGCAACUGGAGCAAGGCGUUCUAUGAACACUGUAGAGAGCACUGGGUGAUCGGAAUCCUUGCUUUUCUGUUUGAACGUCUUCUUUUCAGACGAGCACACCUUAUCAGUGCGACAUGUGCGCUUAUUCCACGUCUUCUUCUAUUCAGGACUUCCUCGCUCAUCGGCUCAUCCACAGUUCGUUUAUCAUUCCUUUAGGAUUUCUUCUCUUUUUCUAAAAUCGUAUCAGUUGUUUUCGAUAAGUUGAUUCAUGUGCUUUUUCAAUUAAAGCUGUCUAUAAGUUUGCUUCAGUUCUUUUUUCAAACAUUAAUAAGAACUCCUUUCAGGGUCUUACUGUACUAUUCCAAAAUCUUCUAUCCCUUUGCAAUGUUGAUAACGGGUUUGAAAAGAGGGCUCAGAAUUUCAAAGUAUCUUUUGAUUUAUCGAGGCCUUUUUUUGAGCCUCCUAUUAAAAUAAACUUUUUUUAUAGGCUUUUUUUAAUGCUUGUCUUUUUGUAAAGGCGUAAACUCUCGGUAGCCAUGCAUAUUCCCAUCAAAAAAAUUCUAGAAGUUGGUCUUGCAAAUAGUUUGAUCAUUUUUUCAAAAAAAUUGUUUCCAUUUUUCUUCAGAAAGAAAAAAAAAGGAGCUCAUCAAAAACUUGGCUGAACUUGAACCAACCACUUUUUUUUCUCGUUGGAGUUUAUUUUCUCACUUUUCUAUGAAUUUCGAAGAAUAAACCUGUUUAGAAAGGAAAGAACUUCCUGAUUAAUUAAUUGCAGCUGAGGAGCGGUUCUUCAAGUGUGGCGAAUGUGCAUGGAAGGCGCGGACGAGGACGCAACUCUGGGCGCACGAAAGGAUGCACAGUGUUCUGGACGAGCGGCCCCUCCACUGCGACGAGUGCGGCCGCGGAUUCCACCAGCACUCGGCUCUCGACCACCACGUCGCCUCUCACAACGACAUCCGGUACCGAAAUUUUCUUCAUCAAGAUGGCCAGCAGAGAAGUUUCAAAUAGAAAGUUUUCAGUAGCAAUAAAAAAAGUUUUUUCUGUUGUAAAACUGAAGACGAGCCCAUUUUCUGAAACUUUCUUGAUUCAACAAAGAGAUGAAUUUGAAAAAAAUUGAUGUUUCUUGACGGGGUUAAAAAACUUUUGAAAUGGCUUACCAGGGAAUGGUUUCUGGUCGCAGUGGGAAUUCUGAAUCCGACCAAGUUUACUAGAUACAGAGACACUGAAAUUUUCGACUUUUGAAGAUCCAUAACUUUUUCACAUCUCUACGCCAGCUUUUCAGACCAUAUUUGGAAUCAGCGCAAAAAACUAAAUGCAGUAAAUUUGGUUUUAUUCAGAAGUCCCACUGCGACCAGAAAUAAUUUGGUAAGAUAAAGCCUAGUAGUGCUUCUGAAAGUUCAUUGUCAUUUUCUGGAUAAACUAGGAGUUUUGCAGACCGAUCGUUUGCGAGGACUGUGGAUUCGCGACCAAAGUCGCCGACCACAUGACGACGCAUCGGCGGCAACACACCGGCGACAUGUUCUUCUGCCACAUCGGUUCGGCCAGCCUAUCUUAUCUAAGUUUUUUUCCCUUAUUUCCAGAGGGCUGCGACUAUUCGUCUCCGAAAAAAAGUCAACUGGCCGCUCAUCUCAGGACUCACAUGGCUGUACGAGCUCACAUGUGCAAGGUUUUUUGCAAAAUCGUCAUGCUCCUGAUAUGCCUUCUAAGGUCUGCGGGCGUGGCUUCAUCGAGAAAUCUCACCUGGUGAGACACGAGCGAAUCCAUCUGGAAGACAAGCCUUUCAAGUGUGACGCGUGUGAUUAUGCGUCCAGCCGGCGUGACAAACUGAAGGUUUAUUGGGUAGAUCGACCAAGAAAAACUUUCGUUUUCUUAGGAACACAUUCUGAAGCAUCACAACGGAGCCGCGACGAGCAAAGCUCAUCGAAGGCGCUACAGAAGGGCCAAGCAGCUGGCCGCGCUUCAUGUGCGUUUGAAACUGCGGAAAAAAAGAUAGGAUGAAAUUUUCAGGCGCCCCAGACAAAGCAACUGCCGAACGAAGCCAUGUUCAGACCGAUUCCAGUCAACGAAUCAGUAUCCCAAUGGGCAGAUUCCAACGAUUUCCGAGUAGUUUUCUGUGAUGUUCCCCAGGAAUGUGCAUCUUCAGGAAUCUUAUUCUCCGCGUCCUAACGACUUCGGGGUCAACACUCAGAACGCCUUCUCUCCACAGAGAGCUUUCUCGGUGAUCAACGCGCCUUCGCAGCCGGUGCCGAUGUCGCCCGGGAGCAUGUCCCUGAUGAACGUAAACCUGUUUGGACCAGACACGCCGGUCAUGCCCAAGCACGUCGGCUCCAUCAACAACACCAUGCAGCUUGUCACGCCCGUGCCACGGUAAACUUUUUUUUCGGAACACUUUUUUCAAACGAUUUUUUCGGGUUAUAUAUUUCCUGUUGUUCAUUCAUCAUCACGAAAUUUUAUAUGUUUUUUUGAAAUAGAAAAAUUGAAAGUUAAGAAUUUAGGACAAUUACAAAAAAUUGAAAAUUGAAAAAAAUCUGUGAAGAAAAAUUAAAUGAGCACCGCUUUCCAAACAAUUUCAUAGUUUCAAAGUUAUUAAAAAGGCAAUUAACAAAGUUUUCAUCGAUCGCUUCUAAAUAUUCCUACCAAUCAAAUGUUUAAAGAAUCGACGUGGCGCACAAGAAUAUUUUCUAAAAAAAUCUUAUCAAAAGUUAACCUUUUGUUCGUUUUUCCAAUUUUAUUAUUGCAUUCAUAUAGGUGGCUUUAAUUUACGCUAUUUUCGAAAUUCAGAAAAAUUCCUCCUUUCUACCGAUGGUACAAACGUUGCCUCGAACUAACGAUGAAGAAACAUUACAGAUCUCCGCAUAACCGAUCGGCGGAUCCCUACGGAAUACAGUCGACCGCCGACGCCCACAGACCAAUGAGUCUGCCGCCCUACGGCCAGGUGCCGCCAGCCACGAUGGAAGACCAACAGCGCAACGACAACAAUCCCAAUAUCCACUGGUGGAAAUAA